AUGGUUAGCAAGAUGAAAAUAAAGUACGAGAAGUAUUGGGGAGAUGUGGAUAAAAUGAACAAUCUACUUUACAUCUCCACUGUUAUGGGUCCGAGGUACAAGUUGGGUUUUGUUGACUAUGCUUUGAAAAGGGGGUAUCCUGAGGAUGGUAAGAGAGGACGUAUGGCAGAAGAUGUGAAUAAGGCUACAUUUGCUCUAUUUGCUCACUAUGAACAGCUUUGGAAAUCAAAGCAAUCUAAGAAUGCCUCUACUUCUUUGGCUCCAAUUGUGGAGUAG